AAUUCCUCAUUGCCAAGAUCCCAUCCAUGGCUGCCCUCUGGCAGUUUUCUGGAGUUCCCUGUGUCCAUCCCCACAGAGGAGCAGCCAGCCCACCCCUGUCUGCCCGAACGCUGCCAGCUGCUCCCAGCCCCAGCUCAUCCCUAAAUCCACUCCUGGCAAACAUCACUUCAGCUCUUCCUUCAUCGACUCGGGGUCAGAGCAACAGCAAAUUUCUUUUCCUCUGCAUGUGGACAUUUGGAAAGCGAUAUGCAAAUCAUGAGAUCCCUGGAAUGACCCCGGUAACUGGAGAAGCCACCAAGCCCAGUUACUAUUUUAAACUCUUGGCCAAGCUCUGGGAAUCUUCCACAGGAGCUGAUCCAGCACACAACCAGCACCUUGUGCUGCCAGAGCCUGCUCCAAAUCUUUUCAAAUCUCCAUGGAGCUGUGCCAGGGGAGGGACAGCAUGGACACCAGCAAAGGCUCUUUCCCGAGGGAGCUGGCACUGCCCAGGCUCCCCAGGGAACGGGCACGGCCCCAGAGCUCCAGGAGCGUUUGGACAGCGCUCCAGGGAUGCCCGGGCUGGGCUUGCUGGGGUGUCUGUGCAGGGCCAGGAGCUGGAUCUGGGGUCCCUGUGGGCCCUGCCCGCUCAGGAGAUCCCAUGGCUCUGCGAUGCUGGAAUUCCUCUAUACCACUGCUGGGCUCAGGGAAGAAAAGUUUUGGGUCCCCUUUGCCAUCAGAAAACUCAGGGGAGACCUCAAAGGAAGCAUUCCCUGCACAGAGCAUGGAAAAGCACCACAGGAAAACACUGGGAUAUCUCUGUACCGAAGAGGAGAGGAAGCACUGACAAACCAACACCCCCUCCUCGCUCAGGAUCUCACUGUGGGGGACAGCAGCGAUGGGAUUCCCUCCAGCUGUCUGCCAAUCCAGCCAGGAAACUCUGCUCAGGACCGGGAGAUCCCACUCUGGAACACAGCUGGGCCCCCCAGCCCCCCGCUCCCCAGGGAAGCUCUGCCAACGGUGGCCUGGAGCUUCCCAAAAAUGCCGUAAGCCCACAGAGCACUUUUCUCCUGGAAACAAACCCCCGAGCAGCAGCUCUCACACAGCGCUGCCUCGUCGUUAUUAUUUUUGACAGUUUCCAAUUUGUGAAGUCAGAAAUCCACCCUGUCCCUCCCACAGCACACGCAGAGCUCCUGGAACACCAGGCUGAGCAGGAGAUGCUCCACAGCUCCUGCAUCCCACAACAAACCUUCCCCCGGCGUGAGGCUCUGCAGGAGCCUUUCCUGCACCACCUGCCUGACAGGCACCUGCUGCUGCACCACCAAUCUGUCCCCACUGCCAGCCAGGGCCUCGUCCCACAUCCCUGCAUUUCAACGUUAAUCCAAAGCAAGUACAGAAAGCACCAGGAAUAUCAGUGCACACACAGAGAACAAGCCUUGGUUUCAGACCAGCUCGUUCCUAGCCAGCCCUCAUCGCCUUCUGCCGAGCAAAUGUCACCCAGGCCAGCCCAGGCCAUGAUGUGCUCCCACCGACAGCCCAAAAUUUAACUUUGCUUCCCAUGAGAUCACCAUUGGUUGCCAUGGAAAUCCCUAUACUACCAUCCACCAAGGGUUUUUUUUACCACUGAAGUAUUUUGGCAGCAUGUUCGCUUUUAAGUGUCAGAGUAAUAAGAGAAAACAUAAAUGUUUCUUCUCCCAUCAGGCUCUAAACAGAGCUUUAUAACCCAAAUCUGCUCCCAAGAGCUGGGUUCAAACCUGUGGGGCUGGGCAGGGCUGGAAUCACCACCUUUUCCUUUCUGAGACACAAAAUAAACAAUGAAAACAACCUGUAAGUUUUUAAAACGUGAAUUUCCAAGCAGGGGAUCAAGCGAGGAAAAACCUCUUAGGGCCCUGCGAGUUCUCUCAGUUUCUCUUUUUCACUUCCUAGUUUGGUUUUUUUUUUUUUAAGCUGGUGCAAAACAAGGCCCUCAAAUUCAGCAGGGCCCUCGCAGCCUCUGCCAGGAGCCGCUUUCCUGUCAGAUCAAUCUUGUGGUGAUUCCAGCGGGGCCUCCACUCCUAGCCCGGUUUCUGGUCGUUAAUAAAACCAGCACGGUGACACUGACGGCCAAACUCUGCACCCCGAGGUGGGCAGGUCCCCAGGAGGGUGACACCCGUGGGAGGCUGAUCCCCCUCCUGUGACCCCUGGAAGGGUGACCUGACCCCGGCAAGGGACCAGACCUUCAGGAGAGGGACCCUGACCACCGAUCCCCCUCCUCUCACCGCCGGGAGGGACCUGACCCCCGGGAACAGGAGCAGAACCCCGGAGCACGGGCCAGCCUCUCAGGAAGGGGAGCAGACCCCCGGGAAGGGGAACAGACCCCCGGGAGGGGGAUCUGACCCGCCACAAGGGGACCAGACAGCCGAGAGGGACUUGACCCAUAGGAGGGGAACCACACCCCAGGAAGGGGGACCCUCAGAAGGGUGAUCUGACCCCCGGAAGGGACCUAACCUCCGGGACUGACCUGACCCCCAGGAGGGGACAAGAACCUCGAGAGAGGAACCUGACCCUCGGGAAAGGGAGCAGACCCGCAGGGGGGUGAUGCAACCCUCGGGCAGGGGACCCCCGAAGGACGACCAGACCCUCGGGAGUGCGCGCUGAGCCCUAAGAGGGAGAUCUGAGUGGCAGGAAGGGUGACCUGACCCCUGACCUUGCCACCGCCGCCACUGCCGACAGCUCCGGCCACUCCCGGCCGGCCAGGUGCGAUCCAGGAGCACCUGGAGGCCGCAGCCCCAGCCCCCAGCCCCGCCAGCCCGCC